CGGAAGAAUUCCUAACCAGUCGACCUCAUUUCCCCCGAAUGGUUUUGAUCAGGCAGAUUCUUUAGGGUUUGAAACUAAAUAAACAACGAUUUUUUUCUCAGUUUGCCUCUCAGACAUACACACACAGGGUUUACGGUCAUCAUUAACAUGUCGCACACAAUUUUGCUUGUCCAGCCGACUAAGAGACCCGAGGGCCGCACAUAUGCAGACUAUGAGUCAGUGAAUGAUUGCAUGGAAGGUGUUUGCAAAAUGUACGAAGAACAUCUGAAGAGGAUGAAUCCAAACAGUCCAUCUAUCACCUAUGACAUCAGUCAGUUGUUUGAUUUCAUUGAUGACCUGGCAGAUCUGAGCUGUCUUGUGUACAGAGCUGACACACAGACGUACCAACCUUACAAUAAAGAUUGGAUCAAGGAGAAGAUAUAUGUCCUGCUUCGGCGUCAAGCUCAGCAGGCAGGGAAAUAAAGGCAUGGGUGACUGGUUGUCCUGCUACACACACAGGAGUUUACACUGCACUGCACUGCAGUUUUUUAUACUAGGGUUAUAUUAAAUAUAUAUCUGUUUACUAUACUAUAUCUGUUUAAAGGGACAACAGUGCCACUUUGACACACAUAUAUGAAGGGGUUUAUAUUUAGGUACAACAUUGAGUCAACAUUGGUUUUUGCAACAAACACAUGUAUGUAUUAUAUUACUGCACGAUAGCUGGACGAUACAUAAAACACUUUUUUAUGUAUUUGGACUUACAAAUGCCGGCAAUUUAUUUUUGAAGAGAUAAAUAUCUGCAGUGUGACUGACAUAAUCUUUCAUAUGUCUUUAUUGUUACUGUAACCUCCCAUCAUGAUGUGCGUGUUUUGUUAACCACUUGUCUUUCAUAUCAUCUUUUUUUCCCAAACAGUUAAUGUUGCUGUUUAUUUAAACAAAAUAAACAAUUGUUUUAUGA